AUGAAUGACACUAAUAAAUUAUAUUUCAUGCGACAACCUAAGAGCCUAGUAAAACCAAUUGAAUCAAAUAAAUCAGAAUUUCAAGAUAAGUAUGAUAAGAAAAUUGAAAGCCAAAAGUCUCAUGCAGCAAGGCACAUUUUUCUUAUUAGACAUGGGCAGUACAAUUUAUCUGGCGAGACUGAUGGAGAAAGAAAAUUGACUGAACUAGGGAGACAACAAGCUCUGUUCACCGGUGAGCGAUUAAGUGUAUUGAAUUAUCCAUGGACAACGAUUACUCAAUCAACAUUGACUCGAGCAAUGGAAACUUGUUCAAUAAUCCAAAAACAAUUGCCUGCAAAUAUACCCCUGACAUCAUCUGAUUUGUUAAUUGAAGGCGCACCAAUACAACCUGAUCCGCCUAGCAAACACUGGAAGCCUGAGUUAUAUCAGUUUUAUAGAGAUGGAGCUCGUAUAGAAGCUGCUUUUCGAAAGUUUAUUCAUAGAGCUCCGCCUGAACAAAAAGAAGAUUCUUAUGAAUUAAUAGUUUGUCAUGCAAAUGUUAUAAGAUAUUUUGUUAUGAGAUCAUUGCAGUUAACUCCAGAGGCAUGGUUACGUUUGAGUCUAGAUCAUGCAAGUAUUACGUGGCUUUCUAUUUAUCCCAAUGGAAGAGUAGCCUUACGAUGCUACAGUAAUUCAGGGUACAUGCCACCAGAAGCUAUUACUCAUUAA